UACUAUAUUGUGAAUGUGCGGGAACUUGGCAAUAUAGGAAAAAAAUAGAAUGUGGACAGUGUGGACGCUAUCUUUAAUGUGCACUCAUAUUCUUUGAAUCGAACGGCAUAUACAUCCAUUCAUAUACCGCGUAUUUUGGGUGGGACUCUGCCGCGUAGGACGAGUAUAAUUAAUUGAAGCAAACAAGUGAUAAACUGUUUUGAAUAACUUUUAAAAUGGAUUCUGAAGUUGUGACGAAAUUAAGUGAAAACGACAAUACCGAAUCGGUUGAGGACUCGAAAGAAAAUGUGCCACCUGAAGCAACCGACACAACCAAGGAUCAGAAAGGCGGCGAUGCAAUUGUUAAUGAGGACGUGGCUAGUGCAGAAGAUGACAAUGAGAGUCGUCAUACAGAGAUCAAAACAACUACAAUCGUUACAACUAAAAAGGAUAAUGGCGAUGAAGUUCCCAUUACAGAGACUCAAACAACAACCACGGUCGUUGUCACGAAAAAGGAUAGCGAAGAGGAGACUUCGCAGAAGGAAACUGAAACGACAUCAUCAACAGUUGCUAUAGCUAAAAAUGGAUUGGCUUCCAUUAAAGAUAAUGUAUAUAAUGUUGAUAACAGCCAGAUAAAAGCCGAACCUAAAAAUUCGCAUCCAGUAAAGCCCGAACUGGAAUCGGAUCCGAUUACAGAAACCGCUGAAUUUAUUAACAAAAGUGGCUCGCAAUCAAGUAUUCCGGAUACAUCUACGGAUGCCGCAGAACAAAAUGUUAGUGUUUCCGAAAAGAAAGAGGAAGAGGAAUCCGAAGAGAGUGACAGUACGUCUGAUGAUGAAGACGUGGGAGAAGAGACAGAGGCCAAGAUUAAAAAAAAUAAAGAUGACCGAGAUGAAUCCCAGCCAGAAGUUGUUGCCGUAGAAGUAAAAAAAGCCCAAGACUCAGCUGAAAAAAUAAACAACGCAAAUAAGGAUAUUAAUAAUGAAAUAGAGAACAUUAUAUCUGAUAUUGAUAUAAAUAUAAAAGCACAAGAAAAAAUAACGCAACUCAAGGAACAAGAGCUGCAACUUAUCCAGAAACAAAAGGAGCUGGCCAACCAGAUUCAACAGCAACAAUUAUUGGCUCAAAAGUUGUUUGCGCAAAAUCAAUUAAAGGAACAGGAAUUGAAGGCGCAGCAGUAUCAGCAAAAUCAAUUGAAGGAGCAGGAGCUGAGGGGGCAACAGUAUCAGCAAAAUCAAUUGAAUGAACAAGAGUUGAGGGCGCAACAGUAUCAACAACAGAAGCAGUUCCAGAGCCACAAUGAGCACAAGGAGGAGAUAGCUCCAAAAGUGGCACAGGAUUACACAAGGGCUCACAGCCAGCUAGAAAAUUCAUACGACAAAAAGGAAUCAUCCAACUUGUCGAGGACUGUAGAUUUGCGCAAAAUAUUUACACCAGCUACAGAUGCUCCCGAAAUAUUGCCAAAGAACCGAAAACUCUAUGCCUCAUCAGCAUUUUAUUCCCCAUCACUGCAUCCAACCGUGGAGGACCAGGUUGAGCUUGCUCGCCGAAUAUCGCAUUCAUUGAGCGACAUAAGCAAUCAAACCUCUAAGGGUCAAUCAAUGUAUGUGAAUCGGAAAAAACGAUCCGUAAAAUGGGUUCACGAAGGUUCUGGCCAAGAAAUAGAAGAAGAUGAUAUUAUUGAAACACGCUCAUUAAGUAAAGAAAAUACGGAAGAGAUUUUGAAGCCGGAUUUAAAUAAGCUGGAAAAAAUGCCCUUAAAGCUAGUCAUGAAUCCACGAGGACAAAUGCGCGAUUAUAACUCUCUAAAAGAAUCUAUUAAUGUUGAAUCAGGCCUUUUAUCACCUGACCAUUGCGCUGAGCUAAUAACUGCGCUGCAACUGCAAAAAGGCCGAGGAGCUGAGCUCUUUGCAAAACGUCGUAGAAAGGCUGAAAAUUGGGUAGUCGACGAGACAAAUGCCGGCAUUCACAGUCCAUCUGGUAUUCCAGAUUACCAACAAUAUCAGGCAAGGCCGGCGACCUCGCCGAGCAUAUUGCCAGCUUAUUCGGAUGCUGGAAAGCAUCGGGUUCAACUAAAUCUUCACCAGGAUCAGCUCAUUGAGAAAUACUCAAAGCCAGGUGUCCAGGUGGUUAAAUCACCCUGGGAAGCUGCCCUUCAGACUGGCUCGGCAAGCGCAGCAUUUUUGGAGGACUCCAGAUAUCAAAACCAAACACCGAUUGCCUCUCAAGCGUCACCUGUGCAUUUCAAUCAAGAUGUCACCGAUUUUCCCAGUUCAAUACCAGAGUUGCCGUCACGACAGCCUGCCCCUUAUUAUGGCUUAUCGAACAACGUACAGGAUCCGUAUAAAAAUCUACAUAACAUUCGUGUCCAAGGCCAACCCAAUCAACCCAGCAAUCCACAAAGAGAACUGGCAUACAAGCCAAGCGUGGCACAAGGCUGGGGAGGUCGCAAUGUUGAACUACCAAGAGAGUAUUAUUGGCAAAGCUACCAGCAACAAUAUGAAAGACAGAAUACUGAUGAUAUGAGUGAAUAUUAUUGCUCGAAUGAACAUGUUCUCAUAGAUCCAAAGAUCUAUGGAGCUAAUAUAACUAAUAAUUCAAACAACUAUUUAACAGAUGAAAUUGAACACAGGCUACUACAGUUAGAACAAUUUCAGAAAUGCUUUAUGCAACAGCAAAGGCUGGGUCUAAACAUAGGAAGCAAACAUGGCAUGCCUGAGGCAUCUGGUCAACGAAAUGUGCCUACGGACAUGUACAGAAUAAUUAAGGAAUCUGAGAUUGCUUCCGAUAAUACUAAAUUAUCAAAAUGCAAAGAAGAUAUAGAAAAGAAUAUUGCUGAAGUAACUGAUCCAGUUAAUGUACGUGAAUUAAUUUUCUCAUUUGAGCAACAGUCCUUACGAGAACACGAAGGACUUCAGAAAAACCGAUGCGAAUUUACAACUGACACAAGGCGUUUGACUGACGAUAAUUCAAAAUCACAAAGUAAUUUCGCAUUGGAAACGGAAAGAAAUGAUGAUGCUGAUGAAUCCACAACCAAAGGCUUAUAUGUGCCCAAGGAAAUCUCACUAUCAAGCUACGCACCUCCGCCGAUACAGCAACAGACAUCUAAUUUUCAAAGCCCAACAAAGCCCGAAUUUUCAAAAGGAUAUAUGACAUCUCAUGUUGGUGAUGCACCAAGUGGUUUUCCCAUUUCGAAUCCCACAUCCGGAUUAUAUUCAUCAGUACCGCCCAAGCAACAACUCUAUGCUCCGGCGAGUUACCAAAAGGUGCCCCCAAGCUCUGUCCAGGCGGCACCACAGGUCAACUUUAAUCCCUCUCCGUUAUCAUUUGAUAAGUUAUCCAAAUUUCAAGAAUCCAACCAGAGAAAUUCUGGUGUUUCGACUCAGCGAUAUCUUAAUGUAAACAAACAGCCAGCAUAUAAAAACGUGCGGAAUGCAUCCCCCACUCCUUUCACGCCUGGAGGCAUCGGAAAUUGUGCAGGUUUUGAUAAUAUCCAACGAUCACCUUUUUCAUCGACCCCAUCAAAUUAUGCACAGAAUCCAUAUAGCCCGGAAUCUCAUCAAUUGCGUGCCCCCGCUCAAUGCUUCAACAACAGCGCUCGUGGCUGGACCCAAGCCCCUAAUCCUCAACGAAAUGCCCUUUCUUCAAAACUCCCAGUAGCGACAGAAGGUCUCCCUUACUCAGACUUCUGAUAUUGAUCAGAUAUUAUAUAUUAUAGUUCUUAAUUUGUAAUCCGAUUACGAUUUACGACAUGCUAAUCUUCUAUUCAACGUAUACAUACAUAUACAUACAUAUGUAUAUACAUAUAUAUAUAUAUAU